UACCUUACGUCUGCUUGAAUAUUACCCGGCAUGCCUUCCGAGUAUUUUCAUUUUUCAAAAUGGCGGCGGGAAGGAAAAAUUUGAAGACGGCGCAGAAAGUCGGCCUGUUCAGUUCUCGGGGGUUGUGUCAGUGCUGUGCGGUCGUUCCGGCCCUCGUACUAGCAGCAAUCUUUGGCAUCACCAGAAUAGCAGCCCUGACAUCACCAAACAAAGUCACCGCACAAGAAACGCUGCUCUCCAUCCUAACACUAGACUUCCUCACCUUACUGCCAGACAGAAGAGAACUCUGGAACUCACUCUGCCAACAAGCAACAAAACAGCUACAGUCUUUCUCAGAGAGCGAAAACGUUCAGAUUUGUAUUGUUGGUUAUGUGUCAGCCGUGUUCAUAAUAUUAACCAUGAGUCUGAUCAAAAAGCUACAAGUGUUCGUUACUAAAAGGAAGCCAAAGAGGGGAAGACCAAAAAAGAACCCAGAGGUUGAGACUUUCCAUGUCCAGAGCUGGUACAGAACAGCAGCAGUGUCCCUACUGGUGUUGUCUGUCUUCAGCCUGGGCUGGGAGUGGGUCCGCAUGUACCAGAUAGAAGCAGCCAAAAAGGCAGCUACUGUGCAUGUGGGUUUUCCAGCGGAGUGUAGCACGGACAGUAUCGGCACCUGGACCUCCAUCAAGUCGUGGAUGAGGUGGCACCUGUCCUGGUCACGUAACCCCUGCGAGCAGUACCAUCAGGCCUUGCUGGUCGACCCCUUCUGGGAGGUCAACCCUCUCAUGGUGCUGACAGCUACAGUGACCAGGUGCAUCGUCCGACCCGUCGAGCUGAUCAGCGCCGGCGCAGGGAGCAGCCUCCGCCUCCUCUUCCAGGAGAUCCCGUCGCCGUGGCAACCCGUUGUCAUGGCAACGGUCGUCCUGGCACUGGUCCUGACCCUGACCAUGACCUGUAGAUACAGGAUUCGCUUUCCUCUUUUCUUUUCUCUUGAGCCGUCUACGAACAAAUCUGAAGCCGCACACCCUCUUACAUCUACCCCCGCUAUCAUACCUCCUACAUGUGCCAAUAGUACAAAUGCUAUAGAGGAUACAAAAGAUUGUAUCAUUGUAGAAGCGAACCAAAAUGGCCGGGACGUUAAAGAUGGACAUUACAAUCGUCAGUUUAAGCUGUUAAGGAAGUUUUCCACACCGAGUAAGAAAAGUGAAAAUGGAGAAAAUAGGCCCUAUGCACACUUGCAGGGGUCGCCUAGCAGAAAUGGUGGUUACAGUCAUGAUGGUGUGAAGUCAUUAGCUGCUACAAUGUGAGAAGGAAAAGGCAACUUGUGAUUUUCGUAUA